CAUCAGUCAGUUCACACCACACCUGGUAGAGUCUGGUGAUCUGCUGAAUUUCUGGGAAAGGAUUCACUCAGUCAUUUGACCUAAUGGCUCACCAGCAAGUUCACACUGGGGAGAAGCCAUUCACCUGUUCAGUCUGUGGGAAGGGAUUCACUCAGUCAUCCAACCUACGGAGUCCCCAGCGAGUUCACACUGGGGAGAGGCCGUUCACCUGUUCAGAAUGUGAGAAGAGAUUCACUCAGUCAUCCAACCUACGGAGUCCCCAGCGAGUUCACACUGGAGAGAGGCCGUUCACCUGCUCAGUCUGUGGGAAGAGAUUCACUCAUUCAUCCGCCCUACAGAGACAUCAGCGAGCUCACACUGGGGAGAAGCCGUUCACCUGCUCAGUCUGUGCGAAGGGAUUCACUCGGUCAUCCAACCUACUGGUACAUCAGCGAGUUCACACUGGGGAGAAGCCAUUCACCUGCUCAGAAUGUGGGAAAGGAUUCAGUGAGUUAUCCAACCUACUGGUACAUCAGCGAGUUCACACUGGGGAGAAGCCAUUCACCUGCUCAGUCUGUGCGAAGGGAUUCACUCAGUUAUCCAACCUAUGGAGACAUCAGCGAGUUCACACUGGGGAGAAGCCAUUCACAUGCUCAGAAUGUGGGAAAGGAUUCAGUGAGUUAUCCAACCUACUGGUACAUCAGCGAGUUCACUCUGGGGAGAAGCCAUUCACCUGCUCAGAAUGUGGGAAAGGAUUCAGUGAUUUAUCCAGCCUACUGAGACAUCAGCGAGUUCACACUGGGGAGAAGCCAUUCACCUGUUCAGAAUGCGGGAAAGGAUUCAGUGAUUUAUCCACCCUACAGAGACACCAGCGAGUUCACACUGGGGAGAAGCCGUUCACCUGUUCAGAAUGUGGGAAAGGAUUCAGUGAGUUAUCCACCCUACAGAGACAUCAGCGACUUCACACUGGGGAGAAGCCAUUCACCUGUUCAGAAUGCGGGAAGAGAUUCACUCAGUCAUCCCACCUACAGAGUCAUCUGCCAGUUCACACUGGGGAGAGGCCAUUCACCUGCUCAGACUGUGGGAAAGGAUUCACUCUGAUAUCCCGCCUACAGAGACAUCAGCGAGUUCACACGGGGGAGAAGCCGUUCAACUGCUCAGUCUGUGGGAAGGAAUUCACCCAGUCAUCCGACCUACGGAGUCACCAGCGUGUUCACACUGGGGAGAAGCCAUUCACCUGCUCAGUCUGUGGGAAGAGAUUCACUGUGUCAUCCCACCUACAGAGUCAUCAGCGAAUUCACACUGGGGUGAAGCCGUUCACCUGUUCAGAAUGUGGGAAGGGAUUCACUCAGUCAUCCAACCUACGGAGUCAUCAGCGAGUUCACACUGGAGAGAGGCCGUUCACCUGCUCAGAAUGUGGGAAGAGAUUCACUCAUUCAUCCGCCCUACAGAGACACCAGCGAGCUCACACUGGGGAGAAGCCAUUCAUCUGCUCAGAAUGUGGGAAGAGAUUCACUCAUUCAUCCGCUCUACAGAGACACCAGCGAGCUCACACUGGGGAGAAGCCAUUCAUCUGCUCAGAAUGUGGGAAGGGAUUCACUCAGUCAUCCUACCUACUGAGACAUGAGCGUGCUCACACCGGUGAAAAGCCGUUCAAUUGCACAGAAUGUGGGAAACGGUUCACUCUGUCAUCCAACCUUCUGAAACACCAGCGAGUUCACACUGGGGAGAAGCCGUUCCUCUGCUCAGAAUGUGGGAAGAGAUUCACUCGCUCAUCCGACCUGCAGACUCAUCAGCGAGUUCACACUGGAGAGAAGCCAUUCCCCUGCUCAGAAUGUGGGAAGAGGUUCAGUCACUCACGCUCCCUGCAGAGACACCAGUCAGUUCACACUGGGGAGAAGCCGUUCAUCUGCUUAGUCUGUGGGAAGAGAUUCACUGAGUCAUCCAGAUUACUGGAACAUCAGCGAGUUCACACUGGGGAGAAGCCGUUCAUCUGCUUAGUCUGUGGGAAGAGAUUCAAUAACUCAUCCAGAUUGCUGGAACAUCAGCGAGCUCACACUGGAGAGAGGCCAUUCACCUGCUCAGAAUGUGGGAAGAGAUUCACUCACUCUUCCACACUACAGAGACAUCAGCGAGUUCACACUGGAGAAGAGCCAUUUACCUGCUGAGAAUGUGGGAUAGGAUUCACUCAGUCAUUCCAACUACUGGCACACCAGUCAGUUGUAAUGAAUCCCUAGGUUUUGUUUGCUGUGGACUGUCAUUUUAAGAGAGAGAGAUUAGGAAGUUUAAUCAGUCUGACUUGCAGCUUGUUUACAUCACUCACAGCUUGUUUAGUUUUAACUGAGGACACAGACACUCAGAGUGAGACGGAGAUGAAGGAGGAAAAAUGGAAAGAUCGAUACAAGGGAAAUAGGUGCCAAGGGUCACUGUUUGGAAUUUUCCUAUGCCCGCAAGUAUGGGUUAAUUAUCGAUUCAUCAUACAUCGAAUGUGUGGUUGUCACCUCGUUUGAUCCAUAGGAGUGGAUCUGAUUUGGGGUAUCAUGUGAAGACCACUGAUGUGUUAACCCUUGCCUGGGUGUGGUGUGGUAAUUCACUUGAAGACGAUACGCCUUGUGACAAGUCACUUUGGGUGAUAAUUAUUAUGUGGAUUUGGAAGGAUGACAGAUAAUAUCUACAGUGACUGUUCUCUUGUUUUACCACCAUGGAACCUGUGGAAUUCGACAUAAUUGCCUUCUCUCGACAUUUACCCUGGAUUACAUAUAUCUCUCUCAUCACCUAUUCUGUGGUUGAACUGAACUUUCAUACUUUACCAUCUCAAGACUCCAAGCCUUGUUCCCCCCAAGCUCAAUAGUUUUGGAUUUAUAUUUACACACAUAUAUACACAUAACACUGUUAACUUUUGUUUAUCUUGCUUAAGUUACUAUAUUAUAAGUCGAUUCUAAUAAAGAUAGUUUUAAGAUCAAAAACAGACUCCUGGUGUAGUCUCCACGAGGAAAUCUGCAGAUGCUUGGAAGUCAAACACACACAAAAUGCUGGUGGAGCACAGCA